AUGUAUAGGGAACAAGCUAGCAAAAUCGAUAGAUACAUAGAAAACCGGCUAAUUGUGCCAGUUUCUAAACGUAAAUACAUCUCAUGGUGCAUUUCAAACAUUGCUACAGUCAUCAGCCACUAUCUAAACCUGCCUUCCUUUAAUCUGCACUAUUUUUGUCUUGCAAGUCUACACCGCGUCAGUACUUUGGUGCACAGGUGCUUUGUAACGCGCAACCGCGUUCUUGAUAUCGCGUCUGUUUCUUGCCAUCUCUUCUUCUUCCACCACACCAUGGUCACGCCCAAUAAAAAGAAAGCUCUAAAACCAACGGGAAGCUCUUCGAAAAAGAAGCAGCUGUCCUUGAUGUCCUUUUUUAAGACUGCACCAAACCCUUCGCAAAGCUCACCUCUUAAAUCCAAGUCGGGUCAUCCCGAAAGCGAUAAGGAGAAUGAUUCCACGUUGAUGUCAAGCGUUACAGACACACCACUCACAUCUGAGACAAAUGAGGAAUACCGCAAAGACCUCCGCUCCUCACCAGUGAAAGCACCAAAGGAAUCUGUUGAGCGUAGCACAAAUACACUGGGGAGCCAGAAUCCCCCCUCCCUGGAAGUUGAUGGAAGACCUGAAGAUCAAGAAAAGGCUGAGGAUGAAGAUAAACUUACAAGUAAAGAUAACAGUGCUCCAAUAAAGAUACACAAAGACGGCUUCAAAGCCAAGGAAGCUUCUAAAGUGGAGGAAGCAGUUAAAAAGGAACCACUGAGUACCACUCCUCCUCGCCGGAGAAAAUUGCUUUCCUAUGCCGAGUCUGAUGUGUCUGAUGACGAAGAUGUGUCAACAAAAAGAAAAAGAAGAAGAGUCGUCGAGAGCGAUGACGAGGAAGACGAAUUCAAACCUGUUGAUGAUGUAGAAGACGAUGAUAUGAGUGAUUUUGUCGUGGAAAGUGAGGAAAGCGCAGUGGAGUCUGAACCAGACGAUGAUGAAGAUGAUAAGGUUGAAUCGAACCGCGUGAAAAAGAAGUCAAGCCCACCGAGAGAAAAGUCUAGGGACUCUAAAAGUACGUCAACCAACUUGGGGGCAAAGUUUGUCGCCACGUCCUCCUACGUUUCCACAGCUUCAACUAAACCUACACAAAAGCCAAAGGCCAAUAAGAAAUCGUUUGAAAAGGAAAACGAAGAGCGCUACCAAUGGCUAGUAAACAUCAAAGAUGCCGAAAAACGCUCCCCUGACGAUCCUAACUAUGAUCCAAGAACUUUGUAUAUCCCAUCCUCUGCAUGGACAAAGUUUACUGCUUUUGAGAAGCAGUACUGGGAGAUCAAAGGUAAGAUGUGGGAUACUGUUGUUUUCUUUAAAAAAGGAAAGUUCUAUGAACUUUACGAGAAUGAUGCCACUAUUGCAAAUACGGAGUUCGACCUCAAAAUCGCUGGUGGGGGCCGUGCUAACAUGAAACUUGCUGGUAUUCCUGAGAUGUCUUUCGAAUAUUGGGCAAAAGAGUUCAUUAGCCAUGGAUACAAGGUUGCAAAAGUGGAUCAGGUUGAAUCCCUAUUGGCCAAGGAAAUGAGAGGAGGUGGGUCCAAAGAAGAAAAAAUCAUUAGAAGAGAAUUGACUGGUGUUCUAACUGGUGGAACUUUGACUGACUUAGACAUGAUUUCCGAUGACAUGGCUACCUAUUGUUUAGCGAUAAAGGAAUCCACCACACAAGAAGGUGAAAAGGUUUUUGGGGCCUGUUUUGUGGACACAGCAACGUCAGAGAUGAAUUUCAUUGAACUAGUUGAUGAUGACGAAUGCACAAAGCUUGACACACUAAUCACCCAAAUUAAACCGAAGGAAAUCUUAUGCGAGAAGAACAAUUUGUGCUCUACUGCAACUAAAAUCAUAAAAUUCAACGCCCACAACUCGCAUCAGAUCUGGAACAACCUCAAUCCUUAUUCCGAAUUCUGGGAUUACGACACUGCAGUAGAAAACUUGGUGAAAGGAAAAUAUUACGAAGCAGAAGACCUUGAUGACUAUGCAAAGUAUCCACCGGUUCUUCUCAAGUACAAAGACAAUCACCCAGUCGCAUUUAAUGCCUUUGGUGCUUUAUUGUACUAUUUGCGUACAUUGAAGUUAGAUGAGAGCAUAAUGAGUUUGGGAAACAUCAAGGAGUACCAUAUUUCUAAAAAUUCCUCAAAGCAUAUGCUUUUGGAUGGUAUCACUUUGACUAAUUUAGAGAUGUUCAAUAAUAACUUCGACGGAGGUGAUAGAGGAACCUUGUUCAAAUUAGUGAACCGUGCGAUUACUCCUUUUGGCAAAAGAACACUCAAGAAUUGGACUUUACACCCAUUGAUGCAGAUUGAUGAUAUCAAUGCACGGUAUGAUGCUAUUGAUUUCCUAAUGAACGAUGAGCCUGAGUUGAGAGUCGAGAUGGAAUCAUCACUUUCGAGCUUGUCUGAUUUGGAAAGAUUGAUCGCUAGGGUGCAUAGCAAAACGCUAAAGUUCAAAGAUUUUUUGAAGGUGUUAGAGGGCUUCGAAUCUAUCUCGAAGCUUUUCAAACUGGCUCUGAAUUACGACCUUGAGAAGGCUGGAGCUCUUGGGAAGUUCGUUUCUCUGUUCCCCUCUGAACUUCACAAUCUCAUCGAGUCUUGGGAGGAUGCAUUCGACAGGCGCGAGGCACUCAAUAACAUAGUUGUUCCCGCGACAGGAGUCGAUGUUGAGUUCGACGAGUCUAUGGCUACAUUGAAUAGCUUGGAGGGUCAAUUAAACGAACAUUUAAAAGCCUACAAGAAACAAUUCAAGUCACAUGAGAUUUGCUACAGAGAUUCAGGAAAAGAGCUUUUUUUGAUUGAGAUGCCAAUAAAAAUCAAGAACAUUCCUAAGGACUGGCAACAGAUGGCUGCCACUUCCAAAGUGAAGAGAUAUUGGUCACCAGAGGUAAAAAAAUUAGUACGUGAGUUGAUGGAACAAAAAGAGUUGCACAAGACCGUUUGUGAGAAUUUGAUCUCGAGGAUGUACAGUCGCUUCGAUGUAAACUACAAGACCUGGGUGCAAGUGAUCAAGACUGUCGGAAAUAUAGAUUGUUUGAUUGCCUUGACUAAAACUUCCGAAACGAUUGGUUAUCCAUCUUGCAGACCUAAAUUCGUAUCUGGAACAAGCGGGGCCCUUUCAUUUUCAGAAUUGAGACACCCCUGCUUUGUUGGUGCGAAUGAUUUCAUUCCCAACGAUGUUAAAUUGGGAGGUGAAUAUGCUAACUUUGGGUUGUUAACAGGUGCAAAUGCUGCUGGUAAGUCAACACUUAUGAGAACAACUGCGUUGGCUGUAAUUUUGAGUCAAAUUGGAUGUUAUUUGCCAGCUUCAGAAGCGGUAUUGACCCCAAUUGAUAAGAUCAUGACUCGUCUCGGAGCUAACGAUAACAUCAUGCAAGGAAAAUCCACAUUCUUUGUUGAGUUGUCUGAAACGAAGAAGAUUUUGAGUAAUGCAACAUCAAACUCUCUCGUCAUCCUUGACGAAUUGGGAAGAGGUGGGUCUUCUAGUGAUGGAUAUGCCAUAGCAGAGUCGGUUUUGCAUCACUUAGCAUCGCAUGUGCAGCCUCUUGGUUUUUUUGCUACACAUUAUGGCAGUCUCGGCCUUUCUUUUAUUAACCAUCCUCAAAUCAGACCUUUGAGGAUGGGAAUCGUUGUUGAUCAAACCUCCAGAAACAUUACGUUUUUGUACAAAUUAGAGGAUGGAUGUGCGCCAGGUUCGUUUGGUAUGAAUGUUGCUGCAAUGUGUGGAAUUCCCACAGAAAUCGUAGAGAAGGCAGAGGGUGCAGCAAAAGAAUACGAACAAACGUCCAAAUUGAAGGAUAUGCACGAGAAGCAAAAGACGCAAAGGCUAUCUAUUGGUUUACAGAGCGACUUCGUUUGGCUUUAUGCGAAAUACGAGCAACUUGAGAAGGACAUUUUGCGCUACGAAGAACAAGAGAAGCAGUCUGCGCUCAGCAGUCUUUUCAAAACUAUCGAAGGUCUUUGA